AAGGCUCUACAACUUCCGCUGCUCGACCUGUCAAGCGCAUUGGCGCUAUGAGAACCCUUGGUUGAUCACUCUCAACGACGCAGUGUUCGAUCAAGCUCAGGUGAACUUUCCGCUCGCGUAGAACAUUCACAAGUACUUUGCGCACGCGUAGAAUAUUUAGUGACCCUCGAAGUCUCAUCGGCAAAUCGACAUGUUGAAAGCAGUCUUCGGGAACAAGAACAAGACUUUCCGUCCCAAGAAGAACUUCCAAAAGGGCACCAAGCUUUACCAACUCCACAAGUAUGCAAAAGCGACGAUCAAGGCAACGCUGGGAACAGGAAACCUGCAUGAGGCAGUUGUGCUGCCGGAAGGGGAGGACAGGAACGAGUGGCUGGCUGUCAACACAGUCGACUUCUUCAACCAGAUCAACUUGCUCUACGGCAGCAUCACAGAAUUCUGCACGCGCGACUCCUGCCCGUGCAUGUCGGCAGGCCCGCAGUACGAGUAUCACUGGGCGGAUGGGGUGAACAUCAAGAAGCCCAUCCAGUGCUCUGCUCCCGAGUACGUCGACUACCUGAUGACAUGGGUGCAGCAGCAACUGGAUGACCAGGAUAUCUUCCCCUCCGAUAUCGGUCGACCUUUCCCCAAGGAGUUUGAGGGCAAAGUGAAGAACAUCUUCAAGAGGCUCUUUCGGGUCUAUGCCCAUAUGUACCACUCGCACAUCGAGAAGAUCAUAGCUCUAGGCGCUGAGCCUCACCUCAACACCUGCUUCAAGCACUUCAUGUACUUCGUGCUGGAGUUUUCAUUGGUCGAACGAAAGGAGCUCGAACCUCUCGCAGAGAUCUGCAAGGGGCUGGGACUUGACCUGCCCAAGUGA